CUCCCCUCCCCCUUCCCCUUCCCACCCCCAGCGCCUGGUUCAUGAAUUAUGUCGGCCACCAGCGUAGACCCUCAGAGAACAAAAGGACAAGAUAAUAAAGUACAAAAUGGUUCGUUGCAUCAGAAAGAUACAGUGCAUGACAAUGACUUUGAACCUUAUCUUUCCGGACAGUCAAAUCAGAAUAAUAGCUAUCCCUCAAUGACUGAUCCCUACCUUUCCAGUUACUAUCCACCAUCUAUUGGAUUUCCUUACUCACUCAGUGAAGCACCAUGGUCUACUGGUGGUGAUCCACCUAUUCCAUAUCUCACCACUUAUGGACAGCUUAGUAAUGGCGACCAUCAUUUCAUGCAUGAUGCUGUUUUUGGACAACCUGGGGGUCUGGGAAACAAUAUCUAUCAACACAGGUUUAAUUUUUUCCCAGAAAACCCUGCAUUUUCAGCAUGGGGAACAAGUGGAUCCCAAGGACAACAGACUCAAAGUUCAGCUUAUGGAAGCAGUUAUAGUUACCCACCUAGUUCUUUGGGUGGUACUAUUGUUGAUGGACAGACAGGAUUUCAUAAUGACACUUUAAAUAAAGCACCUGGAAUGAAUAGCAUUGAGCAGGGAAUGGUUGGACUUAAGAUUGGUGGAGAUGUGACAACAUCUGCAGUUAAGACGGUAGGAUCUGUUAACAGUGCUGUAAUGACUGGUGCUCUUUCUGGUAAUGGUGGAUCAAGUGUAAACUUACCAGUUUCAAAACCAACAUCUUGGGCUGCCAUUGCCAGCAAACCUGCAAAACCACAACCUAAAAUGAAAACAAAAAGUGGACCUAUAAUUGGAGGUGCUUUACCUCCACCACCUAUAAAACAUAAUAUGGACAUUGGUACUUGGGAUAAUAAGGGGCCUGUGAGCAAGGCUCCUGCUCCCCAACAGAUUCCAUCACCUCAGUCUCUCCCACAGCCACAACAACAGAUUGUUCAGCCUGUUCCAACUCAGCCUCCUCCUUUGGCCCAGACACAAUAUCAGAACCCUCAGCAGCCACCCCCAAACCGUUGGGUAGCCCCUCGAAACCGAAAUGCCGCUUUUGGACAAAGUGGAGGAACCAGUAGCGAUAGCAACUCUACUGGAAAUGCCCAAACUAAUUCUGUUCCAAGUGGAGAAUCACACCCUGUCCUUGAAAAACUGAAAGCUGCCCAUAGUUAUAAUCCUAAAGAAUUUGAUUGGAACCUUAAAAAUGGACGAGUGUUCAUAAUAAAGAGCUAUUCUGAGGAUGAUAUUCAUCGUUCCAUUAAGUACUCCAUUUGGUGUAGCACAGAACAUGGAAACAAACGUUUGGACAGUGCUUUCCGCUCUAUGAACAGUAAGGGUCCUGUCUAUUUGCUCUUCAGUGUCAAUGGUAGUGGACAUUUUUGUGGAGUAGCAGAGAUGAAGUCACCUGUGGACUAUGGCACUAGUGCUGGUGUCUGGUCUCAGGACAAAUGGAAGGGGAAAUUUGAUGUCAAGUGGAUCUUUGUCAAGGAUGUGCCCAACAACCAACUUCGACACAUCAGGCUGGAGAAUAAUGACAACAAACCAGUUACAAACUCCCGUGACACACAGGAGGUACCCUUAGAAAAAGCUAAACAAGUGCUUAAAAUUAUUUCCACUUACAAGCACACAACCUCCAUCUUUGAUGAUUUUUCUCAUUAUGAAAAGCGCCAAGAAGAAGAAGAAGUAGUGCGCAAGGAACGGCAGAAUCGAAACAAACAAUAAGAAUAAAGAUAAACUAGAACUGUUCACAAACUCAACUAUGAAAAACUAAAAAAUGCUGGUGCUGUAUCUAGGCAUCAUGACUGACUAAAGCUUUCAGCUCCAAUGCAUCUUCUUCUCAUGCAGGGGAAAUUAAGUUGUUUCAUCUUUAAUUACUUUGUAGAUUUUUUUCCCCAGGUGGAUCUGCAUUAAUUUGUAUUUUUUCUAUGUACAAUGCUCUAGAACCCAUUAAUAAAGUUGUAUUUUUUUUAAGUCAGCUAUUAAUCAGACUGACCUAAUAAACUAUAAGAUAAGCAUUCUUACAAAACAAAAAAUACAGGCCUAAUGCUUCCCAAAGAAUUUUUUUUUUAAGUUUUGGCACAAAUUAUGUUCUUUUUCUUAUAUUCACAAUAAUUUUAUAUAUCUAUAAAUAUGAGCCGUCGUAUAUUCCCCCCCUUUUACGGUUUUAUGGCAAACAUAAUAAACCAUGCAUUGUUUUGUUGUGUAAAACAUUAUUAAAAUACUUUAUCUUAAAAAUAUGAAAUCAAAAGGUAAAUCAGAUCAUUUUCUGCAAAUGUUAUGCCAUUUAUUUUGUCUGUGAUAAUACUUCUAAAAAGCCGGGAUUGUCAGUUUCAUUUUUUACUAAAUGGGGAAAAAUUAAAUUUUAAGUUUUCACAUGCUGUGGAAAAUUUAGAUUUCUUUAACACAAACAAAAGAAUCCCUUUCAAGUUCUGUUAAGCAGAGCUUUUGAGUUCGUUUGUUAUACCAUAUCCUGCAGAGAAUAUUACUUUCUCACAGCCAUAAUUGCUUUAUUGUUUAUAUAGCUUAAUAAUAAUAAUAAUGAUCUGAUACUAUCAACAUUUCAGGGUUUUUGAAAAUAUGUUUUAAACCUGGUUCAGCUUUCAGGUGUUCUUAGUUUAUUGCAGACAUUUUUAAUUUUUCCCCUUAUUCCUUACUCAAGACUCCUAAUGCCAUUUUAAGUUUUUAUACCAAUAAUGCUGAGCUUUACUGUAGGAACUAAUAGGAUGGAAAGUAUGAUGGAUUAUGCCUCAGAUGUUUAAAUUUGGCAGUGUAUAUGUCUAAUUUUUUUUCUGUUGGAUGAGUAAAAGAAAAACUUUUAAAAACUCAAUUUGCUGUCAUGUUUUUGUGGAAUGAGGGAACCAUGGAAGAACUCAACACCAAAUGGAAUUGGAAUUAAGCAUGAAAAUGGUGCUCAUGCCUGUUGCUCUAGCCCACUGAAUCUGCACGUGUUUAUUGUAGAGGAUCUUUAUGUAUUAGAAAACAACUAUCUUCUGAAAACUAUUUACUCCAAAAGAUCCUCUGAUUUUAAAGUUUAAACUGUAUCAUUUAGACUUGUAUUUAGUACGUAUAACUCUUGUCUCUAAACUAUUACUGCCUGUAUGGAGUAAUGGACAUCAGAUUAACUUUUUUCCUCUAGGAGAAUACAAGCCUUAAUAAUAAACAAUACCUAUUUAGCAA